UAGCUCUUUUUCUCCAGUUCCUCACUCAGUUUGCAUUUUUUUUCAAUUGUUUUUUCUGCUCUUAACUGCAAUUUUAUACUGUCUCUACUUGGAACUGUCUUUUCUCUGCAGAAGGUCUGUGUUCAGGUAUAAGUAAUUAAAAUGGGUGAAGUUAAGGAUAACGACGCUUACGAGGAGGAGCUUCUCGACUAUGAGGAGGAAGACGAAAAAGCACCUGAUUCCGUCACUGCUAAAGCCGCUGAUACAGCGAAAAAGGGUUACGUCGGGAUUCACAGUUCAGGUUUCAGAGACUUCUUGUUAAAGCCAGAGCUUCUACGGGCCAUUAUAGAUUCUGGAUUUGAACAUCCUUCUGAAGUACAACAUGAAUGCAUCCCUCAAGCUAUUCUGGGAAUGGAUGUUAUCUGCCAAGCUAAAUCUGGAAUGGGAAAGACUGCUGUUUUUGUUCUUUCCACUCUGCAACAGAUUGAGCCUGUUGCUGGUCAAGUUGCUGCGCUUGUGCUGUGCCAUACAAGAGAAUUGGCAUAUCAGAUAUGCCAUGAGUUUGAGAGGUUCAGUACUUAUUUGCCCGAUAUAAAAGUUGCUGUCUUCUAUGGUGGUGUCAACAUCAAGGUGCACAAGGAAUUACUAAAAAAUGAAUGCCCACAUAUUGUUGUUGGAACUCCUGGAAGAAUAUUGGCCCUGGCGAGAGAUAAAGAUCUUGGAUUGAAGAAUGUGAGGCAUUUUAUACUAGAUGAGUGUGACAAGAUGCUUGAAUCGCUUGACAUGAGGAGAGAUGUGCAGGAGAUUUUUAAGAUGACUCCUCAUGACAAGCAAGUUAUGAUGUUUUCAGCUACACUCAGCAAGGAAAUACGCCCUGUUUGCAAGAAAUUUAUGCAAGAUCCUAUGGAAAUUUAUGUAGAUGAUGAGGCCAAGUUGACUCUUCACGGCCUUGUACAGCACUACAUUAAAUUGACUGAAAUGGAGAAAAAUAGAAAGUUGAAUGACCUGCUUGAUGCUCUGGAUUUCAACCAAGUUGUCAUCUUUGUCAAGAGUGUGAGCAGAGCUGCUGAACUGAAUAAGUUGUUGGUGGAGUGCAACUUCCCUUCCAUAUGCAUUCACUCUGGAAUGACUCAGGAAGACAGGUUGAUGAAGUAUAAGAGUUUUAAGGAGGGUCACAAGCGAAUACUUGUGGCCACUGAUUUGGUUGGAAGAGGCAUUGAUAUUGAACGUGUUAACAUUGUUAUCAACUAUGACAUGCCAGAUUCUGCUGAUUCAUAUUUGCACAGGGUGGGGAGGGCUGGUAGGUUUGGCACCAAGGGCCUUGCAAUUACAUUUGUCUCAUCUGCAUCAGACUCCGAUGUUCUGAAUCAAGUUCAAGCAAGGUUUGAGGUAGAUAUAAAGGAGCUCCCUGAACAGAUUGAUACUUCCACAUACAUGCCAUCAUGAUCGUCAUGUUAUGGCGCAUGCCACUGGGAGCUCGAUGGACGGGACAAGUUCCAAGUGGAUUUUGAUGCUUUAUCUUGUACUAUGUAGGUUAUUAAUGCAGGAGUAAUUAAGUAUGUCUUGAUUGGAUAAUUUUGAUGAUUUAGAUAUUAUGUCCUAGCUAAAACCUAUUUAAUUUUCAGCAAGUACUUGGUACAUUUUUGGGGUGGUUAGUCGUUAUUUGUUUUUUU